AUGCGGGCGGCGGGGCGGGCGCGGCCGGAGGAAGCGGCGGCGGUGGCGGCGGGGCCGAUGCGGGUGGCGGCGGCGGCGGGGCCGGGGCCGGGGCCGGGAGCGGCGACAGCGACACGGACACAGACAGCGACAGCGGGCGGUGGCACCUGGCUCCUGCUGCUGGCGGCGGCGCUGGCGCUGCUGCUGUCGCUGGUGGUGCGGCAGCUGCUGAAGCAGCGGCGGCCGCCCGGCUUCCCUCCCGGCCCCGCGGGGCUGCCGCUGCUCGGGAACAUCCCCGCGCUGGGCGCCGAGCAGCCGCACGUCUACCUGCGGCGGCAGAGCCAGAUCCACGGGCAGAUCUUCAGCCUUGAUCUUGGAGGUAUUUCUGCUGUUGUGCUGAAUGGCUAUGAUGCAGUGAAGGAAUGCCUUGUCCAUCAAAGUGAAAUUUUUGCAGACAGGCCGUCUCUCCCCUUGUUUAAGAAGCUGACAAACAUGGGAGGCUUACUGAACAGUAAAUAUGGCAGAGGAUGGACAGAACACCGCAAAUUAGCUGUAAAUACCUUUCGAAUUUUUGGAUAUGGUCAAAGGUCCUUUGAACACAAAAUUUCAGAAGAAUCUCAGUUUUUUCUUGAUGCCAUUGAUACAUACAAAGGCAGACCCUUUGAUCUUAAGCACUUGAUAACAAAUGCCGUUUCAAACAUUACUAAUUUGAUUAUUUUUGGAGAACGUUUCACAUACGAAGACACUGAAUUUCAGCACAUGAUUGAGAUUUUUAGUGAAAACGUUGAGUUAGCUGCUAGUGCUUCUGUAUUUUUAUAUAAUGCUUUUCCUUGGAUUGGUAUCUUGCCAUUUGGGAAACACCAGCAGCUGUUUAAAAAUGCAGCUGAAGUCUAUGAGUUCCUUCAUGAGCUUAUUGAACGUGUCUCUGAAAAUAGGAAGCCUCAGUCACCUCGACAUUUCGUAGAUGCAUAUUUAGAUGAGAUGGAUUGCAAUGGAAAUGACCCAGAAUCUACAUAUUCAAGAGAAAAUUUAAUUUUCUCCGUUGGAGAACUCAUCAUAGCUGGGACAGAAACCACAACAAAUGUUUUAAGAUGGGCAGUGUUAUUUAUGGCUCUUUAUCCAAACAUUCAAGGGCAAGUUCAAAAAGAAAUCGAUCAGGUCAUUGGCCCAAACAAAAUGCCCAGCUUGGAGGAGAAGAGCAGGAUGCCCUACACCGAGGCUGUUCUGCACGAGGUGCUGAGGUUGUGUAACAUUGUCCCCCUGGGCAUUUUCCAUGCCACUUCCAAAGACACUGUUGUGCGUGGCUACACAAUUCCUGGAGGCACCACGGUCAUCACAAACCUCUACUCUGUUCACUUUGAUGAAAAAUACUGGAGCAAUCCAGAAGUUUUUUUUCCUGAGAGGUUUUUGGACAGUAAUGGGCAGUUUGUCAAGAAAGAUGCUUUUAUUCCUUUUUCCCUAGGAAGAAGACAUUGCCUUGGGGAGCAGCUGGCUCGAAUGGAAAUGUUUUUGUUUUUCACCUCGUUGCUACAACGAUUUCACCUGCAUUUUCCUCAUGGAGUGAUCCCAGAGCUGAAGCCAAGGUUGGGGAUGACCUUACAGCCCCAGCCCUACCUGGUCUGUGCCCAGAGGCGCUGAAGGGAAGGGCUGGGAUGGAGCCCUGUGCUCCAAGAUACAGCUCAGGAUCCUUUGCCUUCUGUUCCUCAACGUGUUCAAGCCAGAAUAACAAAAAUUUAAAGGACUAAUAGUUUAUUUUUUACUUGGUUUUCACAGAAAAAAAACCAAAAAAAAUAAAAAAAACAAACCUGAGCCAAAGGUGUGGAACACAUCCUUUGUGAAACUGAUGUUUUCACUCCAGACUAUAUUGAAUCUAACUUCUGAGACAGUUUUUAAAUAUUUAAUUGCUUAGCUAGCCAUUUUACUUUGAGAGGAUAUUUUCAUAAGCAUGGAGAAUAUGGUUCAAAAUUUUUAUGCUUGAAUUCAUCCAUGGAAAUAUCAUUUACAUUAUUCCAUCUAAGCCAUCCUUUAUAAUUAUCCAUGAAAUUUUCAUAGCUAUAAGGGCUUUAAAAGGUGUCUAUUUAAAUAUCUGUAACCAAGAAUAAACUAUAUUUUCCUGCCUUAAUAAACAGAUUGUCUAUUAAAGUA